AUGAGUCUCAUCAGCACACCAGAGAGGAUGGAACUGAAUUUUUAUCUGGCCUCCAAAGAGACUCUUAGGCCAGUCGUCCGUGCGUUCAUGAACCAGCUGACGGCAGAAAACUGGCAGAGACUGGAGACUGGGCGUCUUGACCCAGAGACAAGUACUCGCGUGACAGCUUUGUGUGUAAAUGUUAUUGAAAUUUUGGCUCAAAGUCUGCAUGAGUCUCUCAACAGAAGACUUGAAAAACAGAAAGACUGGUCACCAGGAUCUGCUAAAUCUGUGUGUAAGGAGGACGUGCGCGAAUGUUUAGGGAACAUGGGUGAAGUCAUCGCACAGACUGUGGCAGAGGUACAGGGUGUAGGAGACAUCCACUACCCUAAGAGCGGGCGGGUGACAGAGCUCAUGGUCACAGCAGUCACAGAGAGAGUCAACUCCAGGCUGUCUAAAACAAGUGACAGUGACGACUCGGAGGAGCACAAGACUUCCCCCACUAUUCUAAUCAAACUGAGGGGACACUUCAAGAGGAUUCUCAAAAACUGCUACGAAAGGAUGAAGACAAUGUUGCACCGAGUCAAAUCAACCUGCACUGUGCAGGAGAAGGAAGAGGUGGUGGUACCCACUCAGACCUCUGUAACUUCUCUGCAAGAAGAGAAACCAGGCAGGGCCGAGUCUACGGUCAACAAAUCCCCGACUAUUUUUCAUGUGACCAAAGAAAUCCUGGAGCAACAACUGGAAGAGAUUGUUCAUGAUGCUCAGAGUUACUCCACAGAGGAAGAAGAUAGCCUGCUUCUUUCUCAAACCAGCAAGGACUACGAGUUAUCAGAGUUAUCAUCUCAGAUUGUUGAAAAUUUUACAGAGGACGUUCCACAGGACCUGGCUGGAUGUCACACAGAAGAUCUCUUAGGAUACCGCAGGAGAAAAGUCAUCAGGCAGAUGAGGACUGUCUUUGUCCAAACAUUUGCUCGAGGGUCAAUCCUGAGCAUGAUGUCUAAAUUCAGACGCAAGCCGGCCUCCCGUAAAGAACAGGAAGCUGUGAAAUUAGUCAAUUCACAGCUGAUUAAGAGUGUGGAUGAUCUUUUAACAGAGUUCAUUACAACAAACAAUCAGGUACCAAGUCGUGGGUCAUUAGAGGAUUGCCCCUUUGAGAAAUUAGCCAGCAUCUUUUCCGGUGACGAGCUGGAAAGUUUUGCUGAAAAGCUGAGUGACACAUUGGCCAGUCACUUGACACCACCAAAAGUCCAAGAAAAAACACACCGAGAAGAGAUUCGUGCUGGAGUAGACAAGAUCCUUAAAGAGACGAGGAAGUGGCUAAAGAAGCAGAGCCGACUGCGCAAGAUUAGGAAGGACUGUGUGAGCAUGACUCUCAAGAAGUUCAGGAGAUUUGUGCAGAAUAACCAGUCAGAUCUCAGUCCCCCCAAAACUGGAGCUGAGGAUCAGACCUGCCCCACACCUGUGCGAGAGGAGGUUCAAAGCUUCACAGCUGAGAAGGAAGAAGAAGAGGCCUGCUCAGAUGAGGAGGAGGAAGAAGAGGCCUGCUCAGAUGAGGAGGAGGAAGAAGAGGCCUGCUCAGAUGAGGAGGAGAAGGAAGAGUUCUACACAGCUGAGGAGGAGAAGGAAGAGGCCUGCUCAGAUGAGGAGGAGAAGGAAGAGGUCUACACAGCUGAGGAGCAAGUAGAACAGGCUCAGGUGGCAAAACCAUCUGGUCAAAACACUGAAUCUGUUCUGUGGGACCCACUGAUUUGCCAAAUCAUUGUGGAGAUGUUCUUACGCAAAGUCAUGAAAAAUUUCUUCCCCGAUCAGACCUACAAAUCAGCUGAAGCCAGACUGACAGACAUGCUGUAUGAAAAGAUGAGUGGUACUUCUGUUAAUGUGGAUUUGAGCCUGAAAAGCAUCAAAAAGAAAUGCAAAGCUGUGUACAAAGAAGUGCUCAAAAAUGUUGAUGCUUCAGUUCUUUGGUUAAAUCUCUUGGAAGAGGAUCAACCACUCCUUGAGGCUGUGGCUGAGGCUCUAAUGAAGCAUUUUUCAUCAGAAAGACCCAGCUCCAUCCAAAAGUUCUUCAGAUGUCUUCUCCGGACUUUCACUUCAGCUUGGACCCCCUGGGCUUCCCGCCUAACUGCAGCUUGUCGCGCAUGA